AUGCAAUACCGAAAAGUCGUGAUGCCCGCAGCAGCACCAGUCACCGUGAGCCGAUGGCGCAAAAGGGACGACGCGCCUAUUGGAAGCAAGGCCACUGACAGAAAAGUGCCCGCCCACUGGCCUCAAACAAAGACGGAAAGGGUACUGGCGGCACUCCACGAUGAGAUCUUGACGGGGAUGUGGACUGGUGCCAAGGGAGAGACCUAUGAACUGAGCUGCAUCAACUCCGCCCACGCCAACAGCGGUACCUGGAGUUGUGUGCGCACUGGAGCAGACGGGCAAGUCAAGAAGUUUACGAUCUGGUAUGACGAGGAGUCGGAAAGUGUCUGGUGGGGCAGCUGGACCUACUACUUCGACCCCGAGGAAGCCCAAAGAACUGGCGUAAUCCACUGGCGAAAGGAUGGUCCUGGCAAGGGAUUCGAGUGGCACCGCGCUGAAGACUAUGAAGAGUACUGGCCUGCGGAGAACUGGGCCGAGGAGGAGUGGCACGAGGAGGAGGACGAGGGCGAUGUGUGGCCAGAAGAGCCGCCCGCCAUCCACGUGCAACCUGCAGAGCGGGAGGAGGAACCGGAAGCAGUCGAUGUGCGUGAGGAGACGAAGGUUGCACCCGUCCAGGCCUCUGAGAUUAAGGGCUACUACCUGCCUCAUUUCGACCAUGUAGAAUGUGUCAUGGCAGAAUUUAAAUUCCAGCCGCCCCCGGGCUUGGAAAAGCCGGAAGAGCUCCAGUUCUUCACCGAAAUCCCAGGCAAGGACGGCAAAGCCACACAGGAGGCUGCCGACAUUGACACCAGCGCAGGGCCAACACCGAGAGAGUCUGAGACGGAGCAGUCUGAACAAGAGCAGCAAGAAAGGCAUUCUGCGACUCACUCGAAGGGAAAGAGCAGGACCUAUAACAAGGCGCCUGGAAAGUGGCGGCCGAAGGAGGCCGGCAAGGAAGCCGACAUUGAGAUCCGAGCACCGGGAGCGAUGCACGGCCAAGGCUGGCAUCCGCAACUCAGGUGGUAA